ACACAUACACACACUGUACAGAGAAGCAUGCUGUGUUCUACAGUAAUCCUUCUGUGCUCUUUAAUUCUCUGUAAACUCCUCCGGUGAAGGGGUCUCUGUGUGCGUGUGUGAGAAUGUGUGUGUUUGUUAAUUCUGGCUGCUUCCAGUGUCAGGACAACGUCUUUUAACAUGUAUUAGGAGGAGUGAAACUGAGCUGUGGGGACAGUGUGAACGAGGGAAGGAGAGAGAAGGAGAGUGAUAGAGGGAUAGAGAGGAUUGGGAGUUUGAGGUGAAUCCGUCGAUGGAGCGGUGAGCAGAGCACUGUAACAGUUACACACUGAGCAUCAGCAAAGCAGUGGAAGAGCAAAGAAGAGGAAACCGAAAAGAGAAGAGCAGAGAAAACGGGAGUACGGAAGAUUAAAGAAAAGGAGGAGGGGAUGAGAAGAGUGUGAGAGCGGGCGAUAGAGAGGGAAAGAGUGGGUUACAGAGCUGAAAUGCGCUGACAUUAAGGACCUGGCUGCUUAUAAAUGCGUUUGGCCCAGCACCUCCUGCCGAGCCACAGGUUUGAGCGCACACACACAGCUCUGUUUGCUUUGGAGGAUAAGCCCAGGAGGCCCCGUCAGGAGAAGAGUACACCUUCAAGGGAGCUGUUAACUCAUCCCGCCCCCCUCUCUCUCUCUCCUCCUUCUCCUCUCCUGCCUUCCCAAAAGUACCCUCCUCCCUCUGGCUGCCCAACCCAGCCUACCUGCUCCAGUCAGGACUCGCAGAGCCGAGUGGGAGACACACACACCGAGAAGCUGGAAUACUCUACUGUUUACCACGGACCUGGCACUGACAGAGGCUAAGAGAGACAGAAAGACUGAGAGUCCCAGAGACCCAGCCUUCCACUGACUUCCACCAGGAUGUCUAAAGCUUCACGGCUGGCUCGACCCUCCUCCGCCGGGGCAGGCUCCAAGCUGUCGUCCUCCCGUAAGGAGGCUCCUGGAGAGGCCCGAGCCCGCGUGGUGAGUGUGGGGGAGAAGCUGAUGAGGGCCGGCAGCGACGGGACCCUGACCAAGCAGAGGGCCCUGGCUGCAGCCGCCCCACCUGCACAGCAACAGGCAGACAAACAGCAGCCCCAGAUGCAGACUCAGACCCAGAGCCAAAGCCAGGCACAGACUGGGGACAUGGUGGCCCAACCCAAGAGCAGAAUCAGCCCGCCUAAAGCGUCAGCCCUCCCACAGGGCUCUAUGCACAAGCAAACCAAAAGCAACCUAAAGGUAACCUCCCUGGAGGACUCCGAGCACCUGAGCAGGAGGCAGGGCCCCACGAAUGGGACCCCCACCCGGACCCAGGACCCCAAAGGUAACGGCAGCCGCACCGUCCCCCGCAGGCACACGUUAGGGGGGGCACGCAGCUCCCGAGAGAUCCUGGCCAUGCAGCCCUCGGACAUGGACAAGAAGCGGGAGGCCUUCCUGGAGCACCUGAAGCAGAAGUACCCUCACCAUGCCUCGGCCAUCAUGGGCCACCAGGAGAGGCUCAGGGAACAGGUUAGUGACGAACAGAGCAGAAGCCCUAAACACGGCCUCAGCAGCUCCAGUGUAGGGGAGCAGGCUGAGCACCUCUCCCUGGCCUCCCUGGAGUCUCUGGACACCAUGUCAGAGGCUGAUGCCCCCACCACCUUCACCAGAGGCAGCCGCUCCCGCGCCAGCCUGCCCGUAGUGCGUUCCACCAACCAGACCAGGGACCGCUCGCUAGGUGUGCUGUACCUGCAGUAUGGAGACGAGACCAAGCAGAUCCGGAUGCCCAAUGAGAUCACCAGUGGAGACACCAUCAGGGCUCUGUUUGUGAGUGCCUUCCCCCAGCAGCUCACCAUGAAGAUGCUGGAGUCUCCCAGUGUGGCCGUCUACGUCAAAGAUGACAUGAGGAACAUGUACUACGAGCUUACUGACGUCAGGAAUAUCGUGGAUCACUCCUGCCUGAAGGUGUACCACAAGGACCCCGCACAAGCCUUCAGUCACGGCCCAAGACCCACCAACGGGGAUGCCAGGAUGCACAGAGAGGUGAUGUACGCCAGCAGAGAUGGCCAGCACCCCCCAAUGCGACAGCUCUCCAUGGGCCCCCCUCCACACCACCCCAUGCAGGGCUCCCUGUCCCCACCCACGGCCCACUCCAUGCCCCCCUCACCCUCACGGAUCCCCUACGGCCCGCGCCUGGGAUCCAUGCCCGGCAAUGCCACCAUGCCCCGGGAGCGCAUCGCCAACGCCACCCCUCCUGCGCGAUCCGUGUCCCCCUGCCCCAGCGCCAUCCUGGAGAGGCGGGACGUCAAGCCCGACGAGGACCUGGGUGCUAUGAGUCCCAGCCUGGUGAGGGGCGGAGAGGGGCUGUACACUGACCCAUACUUGCUCCUCAACGAGGGUAGGAUGGGCCACGGUCCUGCCCAUGGAGGGCACCCUCCUCCUGGGGACAUGGUGGACCACGGCAGCCUGGCCGGAUACCACCGCGCCUCCAUCCGCUCCACGAGUGCCUACAGCGGGCACAGCCCCACCGAGGCCAUGGAGCAGCCUUCACUCUACCGCCAGAAGUCCAGGAAGUACGGAGACAGCCAGCUGCCUACGCUGGGCUCCAAGACCCCACCCCCCUCACCCCACAGGAUGGCAGAGGUGAGGAUGAUUGACAUCCACGGGGCGCCGCCCCCUCCCAGCGGCAUUCCCCUGGAGUGCUCCUCGCCCGUUCGCCAUUCCUUCAGGAAGGAUGAAGUGGUGAAAAGCAGAAGCAACGUGGCGUCUCCAGUUGUCCCGGACAUCCAGGGUCAUGGCCCUAUCCCGCCAGCCAACGAUCCCCAGACACGAGAGCGAAUGAAGGCUAUGGAGCAACAGAUUGCCAGCUUGACUGGUCUUGUUCAGCAUGCACUUUUAAAGUCCCCAAACACUAGUGGCACCAACGAGGCUCUCAGCGAACGACCCAUGAAGACAUCAAGACAAGCGUCUCCGGUUCAUAGUGCACACAGUUCAGGAGGUUCCCCUAUCCUAGCACCCAAAAGUGCCGCGCCCCCCUCUGAGAUUGGCUCCACCCCUGCACUACCAGGCUCUGCCCCCUUUCAGGCCAACCUGUUCCAGUUCAAGAAGAAUGUCUCGGACCUUCGGCUGCAGCUCCAUCAGAUGAGACAGCUGCAGCUCCAGAACCAAGAGGCUCUACGUGUGCAGCUGAAGCGGGCUGAGCAGGAGAUCAGCGUAAAGCUGGUGGAGGCCAUGAAACGUCUGGAAGACCCGAUUCAGAGACAGAGAACCCUGGUGGAGGAGGACAGACACAAGUACCUGGGCCUGGAGGAGAGGGUGUUCAACCAGCUAGGGGAACUGGAGCAUUAUGUGGACACUCUGAAGAGGGAGACCAGCUCAGCGGGGGCUCACAGAGCUGUGACACUGAAGCAUGUGGAGGAGGGGGCUGUUAGCCUCAGGAGAGUGGGAGAAUCUCUGGCAGGACUCAAAGGGGAGUUCCCGGCACUGCAGACCAGGAUGCGUUCAGUGCUGAGGGUGGAGGUGGAGGCGGUUAAGUUCCUCAAGGAGGAGCCCCACAAACUGGACAGCAUGCUGAAGAGAGUCAAAAGCCUCACAGAGACACUCAGCGGCCUGAGGAGAUGUGCUACAACCCCAGUAGAGAGCAGCCCAGCCACCACCGACCCCCCAGCGGAGCCUCCAGCCUCCCCCUCGGCCCUGCCCGAGCCCCAGAGCUCCUCCCUCAGGUCCGAGGUCGUCAUGCCCUCCUCCCUCAUGGUCAUCCACCAUGUCCAGAGCGCUCCGGUCCACAUUCAGCAGUCCCAGCAGUCUGCAGCCCUGCUGGUCCAGCCCAGUUCCCCGACAACCCCCACCCACAGCCAGGGCCGGGACUCCCCCAGCUCAGCCAAGGGCUCCACAGGCACUGCCUCGGCCUCCAACUCCAACCCCUCCAGCCAGGGGGGAAGCCCUGCCCAGCAGAAGAAGACCCCUGCUGCUGCUACUGCUGCUGUCAACCAAGAGCUGCCAACCCAGGCUCCGGUCAAUAACGGCAGCAAUGGGACAGGGGACCACUUCAUCGAGGAGAUGAGCAGAAAGAGCAAAAACAGGGCCAUGUCUAUAGAGGCGGCAGAGAAGGAGUGGGAGGAGCGGAGGCAGAACAUGGGCCACUAUGAUGGGAGGAAGUUUGAGAGGAUCCUGAAUGAGGCCCAGGCCAACAUGAUGAAGGGCAUCCCCUGUCUGGAGGUGUCGAGCGAGGGGGAGGCCUCUACAGUGGCCCCUGCUGCCCUGGAGGACCAAGUGGAUUCCCCCAAGCCUGUGGAGCCAACCCUAGAAGAGGCUCAGCCUGAGCCCAGCUCAGAGAAACCAGCCAUAGCCAAGCCUGCUGGUCCUGAGAAACUCCCCAAGCCGGUGCUAGAGAAGCCUACCACCACCACCACCAAGCCCACCACCCCUUCAGACAAAGUGGGCAAAGUCAGCUUGGAGAAGGCCAACAAGUCACCUCCCCCUCCCCCGCCCAGAAAGAUCUUUCCCACCUCCAGCUCUGGAAUGACCACCACUCGGUCUGGAGAGGUGGUCUACACCUGCAGGAAGGAGUCUGCCUCGGAACAGGAGGGAGAGGAGGCUGAGGUCCCAGUCCCAGCUGCCCAGCGCAAACCCACCAAGGUCCCCCCAGAGACCAAGCCCUCCACCCCUCCCCCCGUUGCUGCCUCAGCCAUCCACGAAGAGGAGGAGGAGGAGGGAGACAAAAUCAUGGCAGAGCUCCAGGUGUUCCAGAAGUGCACAGUUAAGGAUGUAGAGGUGAGAAGUAGUGUGCUAGAGACACACCCUACUCGAGUUGAGCCCCAGAUCAGAGAGCUAAGACCCGGGGCCUUAUUGCCCCUCAAAGAGAAAAAGCAGAGCUCGGAGAACACUCAUGAGGACAAAGAUCCCAACGUGGAUGAAAAUGGGAACACCACCUCUCUUCGUCAGAGCCCAGGGGUCAUAUACUAUGUAACUGGGCAGAUGUCCAAAGACCAGCCGCCACCCCUGGACCCAGUGGAGGAGGCUCCUGAAUGCAGAGACAACCCAACACUGUCCCCCUCACAGGUGUCAAAUGUGAAUGCUAAUGACAAUUCCCCAAGCCAGCAGCCACAGCGGCCACAACCGAAACCCCAGCAGUUAGGGCCACCAAUAUCUCCCAAGCCUCUUUUCUUGAAUUGUCCCAGCCCUCUGUCUCAGAAACAGGUGGUGAGCUCAGAGUCAUUGAAGACCAGCCCAGGAGUGGUAAAAGGGGUUCUGGAAAGCCCAUCGGCCAACACUGUAGAUAAGCCUCAGAUAAGCACAGUCAAGAGGCUUGAGUCCUCAGUCUCCUCAGUCGUCCAGGAGUCCGGCAUUUCACUUAGUAAGAGUGUUGUGUUGCCUGCUGCAUUGCCUAAAAUCCCUCCACCAAUCACCAUAAGAGAGGCUCCUAAGGCAGUGGUGUCUCCCCCAGAGAAGGCCCUUAGUGAGGCCACCGAUCAGCCCAGAGAUCAGCCCAGACCCAAGUAUGAAGAGGUGGAAGAGGAGGCCUUUCUGAGCCCUGACCUCCCUGCUGAGGAAGCCCCUCCGCCCCCAGACAACAUCGCCUUCAUGAUCACCAACACUAAGGUCCAGGCCCUGUCCUGUGGGGAAUACCAGGAGCUGGUCAAUGCCAAACGGGGCAUCCAGACCGUGACCGUGGGCGGGGGACCUGGGAACCGGGAGAUGACCCACACCACUCCGGGCGGCGACGGCAGCAGCUUGGUGGGGUCGCAGGACGACAGCUUCAACAACAAGAAGCCGGUCAUCAUCAUCUUUGACGAGCCAAUGGACAUCCGCUCGGCCUACAAGCGCCUGUCCACGGUGUUCGAGUGCGAGGAGGAGCUGGAGCGCAUGCUGGCCGCGGAGCGCAUCGAGGAGGAGGAUGAGGAGAUGGAGGAGACAUGGUGGAGCAGCGGCGGACUGCAGGUAAAGGGGGGAGAGAGGGCGGCUGGUCCCACGGCCGUCAAGGCCCCCAGCGGCGCUCUUAGCUCUUCCAGUAGUAGCUUGUCGCACUCUUCCUCCUCGUCUUUGGAGCUCGCCGAGUCGUCCUGCGACAGCAAGCCAGACGGGAAGAAGAAGUUCAAGUUAAAGUUUCCCAAGAAGCAGCUGGCCGCUCUGUCGCAGGCCAUCCGCACAGGCACCAAGACAGGCAAGAAGACGCUGCAGGUGGUCGUGUACGAGGACGAGGAGGAGUCGGACGGCACGGUCCGACAGCACAAGGAGGCCAAGAGGUUUGAGAUCAAAAGCCACUCCAAACCAUCUGCUCCUCCAACAGACACGUCACCCAAGGCCCAGGCUCCAGCUGUAGUAAGGCGGGAGCAUUCAGAUUCCCAAGGCAGGACGGACGAGAUCCGGAAGAGCACCUACAAGACCCUGGACAGCCUGGAGCAGACCAUCAAGCAGCUAGAGACCACCAUCAGUGAGAUGGGCCCCACAAGGCCCCACCAGGAGGAACCAGUGAGGAGUGCAACCAGCGUGGAUCCCCAGGCUGGGUGUGUCUCGAGUGGGGAGAGUGGAGGCCUGAAGAGGUCCUCAUCACUCCCUUCUAAGAGUUCACUCCCCAAGGUCCCCCAGCCCAUUAAGGCCUCCUCUCUGAGGAAGAAGACCAAACCUCAGCUCCUCCCCAGGCCAGCCGCCAUCCCCACCGCCACAAUCACCCCCAGCCAACAGAACGCAACCAGUGUCGCUUCCCCUACUAGUCGGAUGCCAGUGCCCAUGUCUGCGAAGUCCAGGCAGUCGCCAGGGACUCCUACUGACAAAGCAGGAAAACAGCAAAAGCUACAGGACAGCGCUCAGAGGCAGUUCCGACAGGCUAAUGGAAGUGCUAAAAGAGCGGGAGGGGAUCAUAAAACUACUUCCCCUACUAUACCUGCCUCUAAAAUUCCUGCUUUUUAUCCUAGCUCUGGUAAAGGCAGCUCCUCCCAGUCUGCUACAAACUCAGAUGCUACUAACCCUAUUAACAUUUCCUCCUCUUCCAACUCCUCCUCUCCCCCCCUCCACACCACCAAGUCCUCCAUCCCGUCCCCUUACGCCCCCCGCCACCCUGGCUCGGCCCUCCCCACCUCCUCCCACAUCCCCUCCCUCUCUAACGGUUCCUCCCUCAAACUCCCCACGCCCUCUCACACAGGUAAAACUCUCUCGUUCUCCUCGCAGACUCAAAACGGCCGAGCACCCUCCUCCUCCUCUUCCUUCUCUUCCUCCUCCCCCUCCCCUCUGUCGCCCACCCCGUUGGGCCCGGGUGUGAAGAGCAUCCGCACCAUACACACCCCCAGCUUCACCAGCUACAGGCCCCAGAACGGCAGCAGCGGCAAAUCCUGCAUCCCAACCACCACAGCAGCCAAGGACUCCACUUAGCCCCCGUACAGUUGCCCCAUUUGGGUUACUACUCUCUUUCUCUCUUAGGAGCUAGAUUUGUUCUGUUGUUUAUUGGUUUGUAUUUUGUUGUAAAAAGGGUAAUGGAUGCACUUCCCCAACCAUUCAUAUUUCAAUUUGAUUUGGCACUGGCAUUCUCACACUGAUGCUUUGACUUCGUUUUAAGUUGCAUUUUCCCUUGGCUGAUGCUUUGAACUUGAAUCCUGGAUUUAAAAAAAGGUAUAUUAGAGUACUGAGUAAAUGAUUUUAAAGAGAAGAAAAAAAGAUAUUUUUCUGACUAUCUAAGAAAAUUGAGUUGAUGUACAAUCACUAUUACCAUGUAAGAAAGGUGUUUUAUUUUUGAAAACCAGAGACUGGAUAAUCAUAGUAUAUCUUCAUCUUACACUAUUUCUUAUGCUCCCAUUCAGCAUAGCCCUUGUAAAUGCCUUUUAUGAAUGUAUACUGUAAGUAUACAGACGUUUAAAGUGGAAUUGCAUUGACUUCUAUUUUGCUAAGAACAUUUUCUCAUAUAGUUAUCCAUGCACUGCCAAUGUAUUUUUAGGAGAUAACUGAUUUUAGGAGGUUUAUGAGGAAUAACAGUUAUUUCUGUAGGUAUUGUGCCUAUUUGCCAAAGUUGUUGUAAUGUAAUCUCCUGACUGUAUUACUGUAAUCAUGACAUACCAAGUGGAAACUCUACACAUACACUCAAGGUGUGAUGGCUGAAGUCUUUACCUUCAAUAGCUUGACUGGAGGUCUAUGUUUCUUAAGUUAAUGUUUAUCGAUGUCUAAAUGUAUACAUUACUAAAAACAAAAGAAAUUCACCAACUGUUCUACCAAGUGUACAUAACUGCUUCUAAUAAGAACUUUAGUAGUUUUGUUAACAUACCAAAGUUUAUUUGUAUGCAUGCCUUUAAGAUACUUUAGGAGAGUGAUCAUGUUAAAGAAUAAUUAUGUUUGCGCAGAUAGAUUUUGUAAAUAUUUUGUUCGCUCUCAUUUUUGUAAAGCUUUAAACCAUACUACAUAAAAACAAUGUGGUAAAGAAAGAAUUGUGUUGGAAUAAAAACAAUAAAGGUCUGCAUGCUUGUAAUGCAUUUAA